AUGAUCCCACGGGCUGCACAAAUACGCCAGCAGCAGGCCAAUGAACGACGUGCUAGGCUGGAAGAGAGCGCAGCACGUGCUGCCAGAGAAGACGUAUUUGCUCGACACAAUGCCAUGCGUGGAGUACAUGGAGUAGGUUCACGUUUUGCUAACACCAAUCGAUACUCACGGCGUGAUCCCAAUCGUGGUAUCAUAACACAAGCAGAGUGGAAUGCUUUGGUUGAGGAACAUGAGGAUUCAGGUUUUAAGUUUCGAAUUUUCUUUUUCCUACUUGUACUUUUUGCUAUUCUUUUAUUAUCCUUUGCAAAGUACGAUGUUGAAUUUAAUCUCGAACCACCACAAAUAGAGAGUGGAAAAGGUUUUGGAGAAGUUCCCGCUACCUCUGGUGGGAGUAUUCGUACUGAAGAACUUGAAAAAUAUUAUGAAACACUAGGUGUAAAAGGAAGACUUCGACGUGAGGAGAAAAAUGCUGAAAACGCUGACUACGAUGCUGACAAAGAACGUCGACGAGAAAAUUUUCGUGUUCGUAAAGAAAUUCGUGAAGCCCUUAAAAGACACGAAAAGGAACGGGGUCAACUUGUUCACUGUGGGCGUGCUUGUGAGGCUAAAAAUCAACAAGUUAAUUUGGCUUAUAAUCGACUUGCUUCUCAAGUUGACCGUGAGCUCUACGGUGUUUUGUUGGACGCAAAAGAUACUAAAUCUCAAAGAUCUCUGGAUGCGUCAGAACUAAAAAAGGCUUAUGAAGCUAAGAAAAAACAAGUAGAGGAGAACGAAAAAAAUGAAGAAGAUAAGGAAAUGGCUUUAGAAGAGUUAAAGGAUGCCUAUGAUAUUCUUGUUAAUCCAGAUGCUCGAAACUAUUACCUUCUGUAUGGAAUGAAACCUCCGGAGCAUAUGCGUCACAUCAGCGCCAAAAGCGGUGGUUGGGGACAGGAACUAACCCUUGGUACGUAUAAAUAUCGUAUUAUACUGGCGUGGCUUGACUUUUUACACGAUUACAUUGGACUUUGGGGCGAAACAAUUGUGCUACUCGCCGCUUUGGCCUUUGUACUCUCACGUAUUCCUAUUGCCUUGAAGCAGUCCCAACAUUUAUUAGAUGAACUUGAGUGGGAAGAUGCAGUAGAAGAGUCUGAACGAGCUGGACGAAAAGAAAAUGUUGCUGCAGAGAAGUAA